AUGGCUAUCGAUGCGCUUAAAACCGAUCAACGUAACGAUAUACUUACGAAUGCUGCAUCAAUCUUAUUUAGUGGUCUUGCUGGACGUUUACAAACGACGAGUCAAACCAGUUCGCAUAGCAGCUAUAGUGAUGAUAAUGAUUGGAAUAAAUUUGACGAUAGUUCGAACACCUCAGAGGUGUCACCUGGUAGAACAAAGCUAUCUAACUGUCAAUUAGAAGAUCCCAACCCUACAGAGAAUACUCCCUCAGCACCUCCAACAGGUUCGAAGCGUCGAAAGCAAAUCCUUCCUUCUCGUGCUGAUAUUUCUACUGAUUCUCAUUGUGUUGUACAAAGUGAACACGAGAAGGCCCGUAGUUGUCACCACAAAAGUAAACAUCGUCAUCGCAACAAGCAUUCUCAAUGUGAGAGGAUAGAGAAAUGUGGAUACGGUGUUAGUUCUUCUUGCACAGUACCGAACUCAAAUGAUGGUCAUGAGUUAUCAAGUGUCAUUGUAAAUUUACUGCCUGUCAAAAAAACGUCUAUCGAAGAAUUUCAAUCAGGGACAUCAACUGUCCCUGGAAUGCACCAGAUACACUGUCAACGGAGAACACGACUUGAACCAUUAGCAGUGAUUGUACUCUCUGUAUUUAUGGGUAGUAUAUCUAUACAACUUUUAGCUGAAUCUGUACAAGCCAUUGUUCGUAUGUCACAAAAUAAUCAAGAGGCACCAAACGUUAAUGAUUUAGCAUUGGGAAUAAUGGCAUCCAUAAUUGUUUGGGAUAUGAGAAUGGGCGAUCGACCGUGUGAAAUUUAUUCAGUUCAUGAACCAUUUCGAUCACAACUUUGUAUGUUGUAUGAAAAUGAUGCUAUUUUUGAUAAAUUCUUAUGUGGAUGGUCUGAUGAUGAUAGGUAA